AUGGCCAGCUCCGAACUCGCUUUCUACGCGGCCGUGCUAACAGCAGUCACUAUAUUUCUUCCCGUCUGCCGCCUUCUGUACAACGUCUCGCCUCUCCAUCCUCUGUCAGCAUAUCCAGGUCCCAGACUCUGGCAUGCGAGUCGCUUGCCAUGGGCGAUAUCGCUACAGAAGGGACGCCUGCACGCCGACCUGAUCCGCAUUCACGAGCAGUAUGGCUGUAUCGUCCGCAUUGCGCCCAAUGAACUGAGCUACAUCGACGCGCGCGCAUGGAAGGACAUCUACCUCACACAUACUCGGACGAGCGAUGGCUCCACAGGCAAGAUGCUGGAGAAGAAUUCGGUCUGGUUCAAGCCAUUGGUGCCUGGUGAUCCUGCCAACGUGAUGAAUCAUAAUGAGGACGACCACGCUCGACAUCGCAGGGCGUUCAUGCCAGCAUUCACGGAUAAAGCGCUUCAAUCGCAGAUGCCUAUCCUGACAGCGAACAUCUCGGGCCUCAUCGAGCAGCUCAAGCGGCGGAGUAGGGAUGGUGUACUGGUCAAUAUCGUCGACUGGCUCAAUCUCGUAACAUUUGACAUCAGCGGCCAGCUUUCGUUUGGGGAGACCUUUGGUUCAGUUGCUGCUGGGAAGGCUCAUCCGUGGGUAGACAUCAGUAUCGGUUUUGGCAAAGGUCUCACUCGAUACCCAUUUAAUCUUCUACUCAAAUACCUUAUGCCAGCGAAAGCCCUCGACCGCGUUCUGUACCACCGCAAACUCGUUGCGGAAAAAGUCCAACAGAAGCUUGAGGCAGGCGAAGGAGGACGGCGUGCCGACUUUAUAGAUGCAGCAGUCCAGACUCAACAGACAGCGAUAGAGAGCGGGAAAGACAAGCAAGCUAUUAGUAUCAAAGAGAUCGAAACAAACAUGUUUGUGCUUAUUUUCGCGGGCAGUGAAACCGUUUCGACUGCACUUGCUGGAAUCUUACAUGCUUUGUUGAGGACGCCGAGGGCGAUGAAGAGGCUGGAGAAUGAAGUGAGGCAGGCGUUUCAUCAGGAGGAGCAGAUCACGCCGGCUGCAGUGCAGAAACUUGAGUACUUGACUGCCGUCAUCUCCGAGGGCCAACGGUUGCAUCCGUCGGUGCCGUAUGGUGUUCCCAGGGUCGUGCCGAAGGGUGGCGCGUAUGUGUGCGAGCGCUUCGUGCCAGAAGGAACCCAUGUUGCGUUCAACCAACUUCCCGCCAACCAUUCGCCCCUGAACUACGCUGACCCGCGUGAGUUCCGGCCGGAGCGCUUCCUCACGUCCACCACAGCCGACACAUUCUCAGCCUCGUCAGGCCCAGACAUGGAUAAAUCAGACAUGUCACCUGAGAGAUUCACCAUCCCUUUGGCCUCGGUAGCAUCACUGCUGGUAUGGGCUUUUGACGUUGAGGCUGUGGAUGAAAAGGAGGGUGGUGGUGAAGAAAAGCCGAAGCGCAAUUUCAUUGAUCAGCCUACUUGGAUUUUCUGGCAGAAAGAUCCUAUCUGGGUGCGCUUGAAGGAGAGGGUGGCGUCAAAUGAGUUUCGUGGCAGUGUGGCAUGA